GUCCAUUGGAGCAAAGGCAGUAGCGACGUGUCCCUGUUAUGGCUGCCACAUGCAGCCGGACGGAGAUGCUUUAACUCUCUGCUCCAAGCCUGGCGACAUGCUUUGACUGAUGCCUUUCACGAGACCUGCCACUGGUCUUGCUUUCUGUUUGUUCUACUUGAGUUCUUAUUUCACCAACAAGUAUGUCUUAUCUGUCCUGAAAUUCACCUAUCCAACACUUUUUCAAGGGUGGCAGACACUUGUUGGUGGAAUUCUGUUACAUGUUUCCUGGAAAAUCGGCUGGGUUGAGAUCAGCAGCAGUUCAAGGUCUGAAGUAUUAUCAUGGCUUCCAGCUUCUGCACUUUUUGUGGGUAUUAUUUAUUCAGGUUCCAGGGCAUUAUCUAGAUUGCCAAUUCCUAUCUUUCUUACCUUACACAAUGCUGCAGAUGUUAUAUUUUAUGGAGUGGAAGUCUCAGUGCAGAAAGAGCAGAACUCUUCCCUAAAACUCUGCAGAGUGCUGAUUCUUCUGGUGGCUGCAGGAGGGCUUCUGUUCAAUGACCCACAGUUUGAUAUAGAUGGCUAUUUUUGGGCCCUCAUUCACCUACUAUGUGUUGGGGCCUACAAAGUUUUUUACAAGCUGUGGAAACCAAAUUCUCUGAGUAUCUCUGAACAACAAUACAUAAACUAUGCAUUCAGUGUGGUGAUGUUGGUGUUUGCAUCCCACCCAACAGGUGAUCUCUUCAGUUCCUUGGAAUUUCCACUCCUGUACUUUUACAUCUUUCACAGCAGUUGCCUUGCCAGUGGACUUCUGGGAUUUCUUCUGACUUUAUAUACUAUGAAACUUAAAAGCAGCAUCUCCUCAGGACAGUAUUUAGCUUGGAAUUUCUUAGCAAAGGUUAUCACAGCUGGUCUGUCUCCAUUCUUAUUUGAAAUUGCAGUGAAUGUACCAACUGCCUGCUGUCUUUUGCUGGCUGGAUUUGCUGAAAUCUUGCUUCUCUACAUUGAAAGGACUGGCACAUGAACACUGGCAAGUGAGGAAGAUGAUUCUUCAAUGGGGCUGCUCAAUUUUUGUUUAAGAAUUAGUGAUUAAUGAAGACAUGUAAGCAAACAGCAAGUUACAAGUGCAAUCCCAUGAUGGCUUUCUCAAAAAAUAAGUCCUAUUCACGAUAAAACCAAGAAUCAACUACAGGAUAGAGUAAGAUUAAUUCUACCUGUUUCUGUUUUUAAGCCAUACCUUCUAUUAAUAGUAAUGCAUAAAAAUGGGAUUUGAUUCUUUUUUAUUAUAUUAUGCUAAAAUGAAGGUUUAUCAUUAAACUGGGACUUCUCUGGUACUAUCCAAACAUUUCCUACCUUUUUUCUCACAGCAAUCUUCUAAUUGUAGCACUCUGUUCAGAUUAUGAUUGCUUAUUUUAUCACAGAAUAGAAUAGAUGACCUAAUACCCUCUCAUGAAGCCCGGCAUUAGAGUUAUUCUGAUCUUGAAUGUUUUGCAGAUAAACAGUACUUGUGUUCCUCAUCAGCCUGGAGUACACAUUACCUACUGUAGGCAACAUACUAUAUUUCCUGCUUCCUUAUCCUCUUCCUGACACCACAUGGUCAGAAGCAAUAGUGUGUGUGUGUGGGAGGGGGAAUGGAUCCAUUGGCAUCAGUACCAUACUUUCCUGUGGGAGAGGGGCAGUGAUACAGAUACAAUGACUCUCUCAUAUGAUCUGACCCUCACAUGCAAUAGUGCUAAACUUUUGUUUUACUGAACAGGUGUAGAAUGCAGCCAAUACACUGUGUGUUUUUAUGCAUGACAACUUUUAAGAUGUGGAGAUUUCAACUCCCAGAAUUCCCCAGCCAGCAUGCCUUUACAAACUUGCUGUGAGGGAAACAUUGGAUGCAAGAAAAAUCCAACCAGAUUAUAAAUGACCACUCAUAAAUAAGUAAUCAUCAACCACUCUGAUAAGAUAAGCACACUUGAAGACUUAUCCCUCUUUGUCCGACCACACAACACUAGUUGUGUCAACUCAGGUACACAAAAUCAUUUGUGCUUAUUUCCCUACAACACCUUCUAUCAUUGAUUCACAUACACUAAUCCAGUUAAACUGUUAAUGAGUUACAUUGGUUGGGUUCAGACAAUACUCCAAGUUACAUUAUGCUUUUGUAUGUUAUAUAUGAACACAGCCAUCUGUCUCCAGUUUGUCUCGGCCUGGGUAAAAUAUAAGCAUGUUAGCCAAAUUAAUUUUUGUUCCCAUGGAUACAGGGUUGUAAGUACAUUGUGGGUUGGCAUUUUUCAGCCUCUUUGCAAAAGCAAAUAAAUUUCCAAUAUACCUUGAAAAGAAAUAACUCAUUGGAAGGUCUUCUCCAGCACGAGUCCUUUGUACUCUUUGGCAUGGUAGAGAUAAAAAAUCAUUGUGAAUAUUCAAAUGUUGAUUCUAAUAGAAUUGAAUGGUAAGCAAGAAGGAUAUGAUUCAAUCUCCACUAAAGUGAGAAUAUCACAUUCAGUUCUUUCUCUAUAAAACGAAACCA